ACGUGAGAGUGAUAAACUAGGCUAUGAUGACAACCAGCCCAUACAAAACAGAGUCAGGCGAGCUCCAACACACACACACACACACACACAUCUGUUUCUUCUUUACUGCAGAUUUGCUUGGCCAGUACUUGUGUGUCUGAGAGAGAAACCUAUAUGGAUUCGGUGGUGGUGAAAAAAUCACCUCCUUCUCACAAAGGGAUUAAGAUGCUCCGAGCUGCUAUAAGACUACUAUUAAUACUGGUGUUGGUGGUGUAUCUCAUGUUGUGGUUUAUCAUGCCCACUAACAAAUAUCGAUUGUCUAACAUCCGAAAGAAGUUUAAUUCUUCUUAUUUUGGCAAACAAUGUGCAACGCUUUUGGUGUAUUUCUUCCCCAUUCUUUUUGUUGCUGUGUUGGGCUGUGUUUAUCUCCAUCUGGGAAGGAGGUCCAAUCAUUGUAAUUUCGAAAGCAACAGCAGAAAGCACCUCUUGGCUACAUGGAAGAAUCCGAUGGUAGUGAAAGGCCCUCUGGGAAUCGUUUCUGGAAUAGAGCUGGCCUUCUUGAUCAUGUUUGUUGCACUGUUGAUUUGGUCUUUAUCAACCUAUUUGCGUAACAGCUUUGCUACUAUCACUCCACAGUUGACUGCAGAGAGUGGGGAGAGACAAUGGGAAGCUAAAAUGGAGAGAGCUGCCCUUAGUCUAGGGUUGGUUGGGAACAUAUGUCUGACAUUUCUCUUCUUCCCGGUGGCUCGUGGGUCAUCGGUCCUGCCAUUGUUUGGGCUGACCUCAGAGGGUAGUAUUAAGUACCAUAUAUGGCUUGGUCACAUGGUGAUGGCAUUCUUCACCGCACAUGGACUUUGUUACAUCAUCUAUUGGGCCGCUACGAAUCAGAUUUCAGAGAUGCUGAAAUGGGCUAAAGCUGAGAUAUCCAAUGUGGCUGGGGAGUUAUCUUUGCUGGCUGGGUUGGGCUUGUGGACAACAACCUUCACUCGCAUAAGGCGAAAAAUGUUUGAGCUCUUCUUUUACACUCAUCAUCUCUACAUCCUCUUCAUGAUUUUCUUUCUAUUGCAUGUUUCCAUCUCUUUCUCCUGUAUUAUGCUCCCUGGAUUUUACCUCUUCUUGGUCGAUCGUUUCCUGAGAUUCUUACAAUCACGACAAAGAGUUCGUGUAAUCUCAACCCGCAUUUUGCCUUGUGAAACUUUAGAAAUCAACUUCUCUAAAAGCCCAGGUUUGAGUUAUAAUCCAACGAGCGUUCUGUUCAUAAAUGUGCCUAGCAUUUCUAAGCUGCAAUGGCAUCCUUUCACAAUCACUUCUAAUAGCAACUUAGAACCUGGGAUGCUGAGUGUUGUGAUUAAAAGUGAAGGAAGUUGGUCCAAGAAGCUCUACCAGAUGCUUUCAUCUCCUUCCUCAAUUGAUCAUCUUGAAGUCUCAGUUGAAGGACCUUAUGGACCUUCUUCCACUGACUUCCUAAGGCAUGACACUCUUGUGAUGGUGAGUGGAGGCAGUGGCAUUACUCCUUUCAUAUCUGUAAUUCGAGAACUCAUCUUUGCUUCCACAACAUACAAAUGCAAGACUCCACAAGUAAUCCUAAUUUGCUCGUUCAAGAACUCUUCAGACCUAACCAGGCUAGACCUCCUACUUCCAAUAUCUGGCACUCCAUCAACAAUUUCCAGUAUACAGCUAAAAAUUGAGGCUUAUGUUACGAGAGAGAAAGAACCCUCAAUCAAUAACUUGAAGCUUCUUCGAACUAUAUGGUUCAAGACCCACCCAACAGAUGCACCUGUUUCUGCCAUUUUAGGGCCCAAAAGCUGGCUUUGGCUUGGAGCAAUAAUAUCAUCUUCUUUUAUCAUUUUCCUCAUCAUAAUUGGCCUUAUUACCCGAUAUUACAUUUUUCCUAUCGAUCACAACACCUGGAAAGUUUUCUCGUACUCUUUCCGAUCUUUUCUUAAUAUGUUAGUAAUAUGCAUUUGCAUAGCCAUGACAGCAAGUGCAGCCGUUUUCUGGAACAAGAAAAAAAAUGUAAGGGAAGCGAAUCAGAUUCAGAAUAUUGAAGGGUCCACGCCAAGUAGAUCACCGGGCUCAAGGUUAUAUGAUGCUGAGAGAGAAUUGGAAAGUCUCCCUCAUCAGUCCCUUGUCCAGGCUACUAAUGUCCACUAUGGUGAAAGACCUGAUCUGAAGAGAAUACUAUUUGAUUGCAAAGGAUCAAGUAUAGGAGUUCUUGUUUGUGGUCCGAAGCAGAUGAGACAAGAGACUGCAGCCAUAUGUUCAUCCGGAUUGGCAGAUAACUUGCACUUUGAAUCCAUUAGCUUUAGCUGGUGAUCUAAAUCAUCUUUGCUAUUUUUUUUUCCUUUUCUUUUUUCUCCUUUGUUUUGUACAAGGAGAAACAAGUGGGUUUCAUCUAGUUCUUUUGCGUCUUUCGUGGUUGUUGUUGCUGCUGUUAACAUAUAUAU